UCUCACACUUUCGGAAUUCAAUUUCAUCGAAACCGGGAUGCUCCUGGGAUCGUCCUCUUCGCGAUGAUACCCACCACUCAAAGAAUGUUCGAAGUCUCCUACGCAGGGACCGUCGUCGAAGCUUCGCUAGUCACGAGCAUUCGUUGGGUUAAACGGUCUUCCACGAUCGAGCUUCUGGACAAGGGAGGAUUGGGAAUCUUACCACUACAACGACAAGAGAAGGUGCUGACGUUGGUGGCGAUGAUGGUUUUGUGCGGCGUCGUCGCUGUCUCCCGUCACCGACGGUUUCCGAGGAGGAAGGUUGCGGGAGGGAGGAGACUGCUGCUGCUAUUGGUGAGGGGAACGAUGGUGGCUGCUUACGGAGUAGUGGGGAUGGGGGUCCAGUUGCUGGGGGUUUAUUUUGACACUCGUGUCGCGAGGGAGUGGGUAUUGUGGUAGGGGAACGAGUACGGGAGACAGGGUUUUUUGGCUGUUGUGGCGCUAGUGAAGAGAGAGGUGGGUUUGAUAUGAACUCGAUUCAAUCAUCUUACAAGUUCUAAUUUGUCGCUCAAAGAUCAGAUCAAGUUGAAAAGAAGUAAGCUGGAAAUUGUCCAAGUAUUGGAACAGUUUCGGGAACCCUACUUUGGAGGGUUGGUUCUCUCAAUUGGCUUAUUAAAAAUUCAAGGUUGAU